GCUGCACUUUAUUUAGAGUAUGUUGUCAUAGUUACCUUUUAUAUUGAACAUCUAAGAAAGCUCACCUCCUAGACUGCCUGGAGUGUUCCAAAACACUGACAGUACACAUUACAUAAAGUAUGGCAUCCUCUCAAAUCGAUGGAGCUGUUUUCCAACGGACAAGGGAGACUCUGGGCAAAAUAAUCAAGAAACCACCUCUCACUGACAAGCUGCUUGGAAGACCUCCUUUUAGAUACCUACAUGAUGUUAUUUCAGAAGUGUCCAAACAGAGUAAAUUCUUCAAGGGAUUAUAUACACCUAAAGAAAUGGACGCCAAGGGUAUGCAGGAGAGAGAUGACAAGGUGGCCUUCCUGCAGAAAGCUGUGGAUACUCUGUCGUUCACAACGGGAGAAGUCGUAAAAGUACGUCCAUCUAAAGUGGUGGCCGGACACGAGGCUGAUAGGACUAAUGAGUUUCUGCAGAUCCUGGGCAUCGCUAUUCUCAAAGAGCUUGACUCAAGUGAGGCUAUAAAGAAAGUAUUGAAGGGAGAGAAACCCACUGACACACUCGUCAAGGAGAAGAAGAAAAGGAGUGACAAAGAUCGCAGCAAGGACAGAACCAAAGACGACAGCAAGGAUAGAACCAAAGACGACAGUAAGGAGAAGACUAAAGAUGGGAGUAAGGACAGGACCAAGGACAAGAGUAAGGAACGUCGUGUUAAGAGGUCGGGUAGUAAAGAGAGAGAGGUGGAAGCUUCUUCUCUUACGAGCAAGAGUCAUCAGAGCCUCAAGGAUAGCAGCCAGCCAGAGCCACGACCAACUCACAGGCCCUCACGUACACGACCUCCACCGGAAUCAGAGCAGCAGCCAGCCCCUACUAACGAGCAGGGGGACCCCCCCUCCCCCAUGCUGAGUGUAGAGGACGAGGGACUGGGCAGUGAGACUAAACUAGACAGACCACCGUCUGCCAAGGGCUCCAGGAGACGAACCACAGCAGGGAACUCUGACAGUGACAUAGAGAAUGUACCCCCAGAGUCUGUAGUCCCUCCUGAUGAUCAUCAUGGAGCUCCAUCAUCACCAACCCCUAAUAUUUCACAGCCCCCCUUGAUGCCCCCUAUGAAGCGACCUGGCAGUGCUCGACCAGCCCCACCAAAGAUAGUACAGUCAAACGUGGAGGACACCACAAUAGCAAGGAUUCCAUCAGGAGGUGUGAAUGGACACGAGGGAGCCCCUGUGAUAAUGGAUAGACCCACGGGGGAGGGCGAGGGAUCAGAGGGAGAAGAUGAUGAACUGUUUGUAGUACAGGACUCUACACCAUUGGAGCUACCCAAGCAUGAGGCCUUUCAACCAACCACCACUCAUGAUAAACCAGAGGGGGCCCUUACUAAGAACAUAGUAGCUAUGAAGGAGCGUUUGGAGGGUAAGGAAGUAUUGUCCGAGACUGGAGGCAGUCAGAAGACCUCUCUCUCUGAGGCACAGAGACAAAAGGAGAGAGAAAUCGUCACUAAAGAGAUUGAGAAGCUGCAAGCCAGUAUACAGACCUUGUGUAAGAGUGCCAAUCCUCUGGGCAAAAUUAUGGAUUAUGUGCAAGAGGAUAUGGAUAGCAUGCAGAAAGAGCUGGACUUGUGGAGAACAGAGAAUGAAAAGCACGGAGAGUCACUGAGACAAGAGGACAGUAUCACUCAACAAGAACUGUCCCCUUUGAGAGGCUCACUAGAGGACUUAGAAGCCAAACUAAGAGAACAGAUGGACCUGAUCAGUGCAAGCAAAGCUACUAUAGUCAGAAAUGAUGAGAAAAUGCAGCGAAUGUUGACUUCAAUUACUCUAGUAUCUUAGAGCACAACAUUAUUGCUUCUCAGUAAACGUGUACAUGCAUUCUUGUUGUGACUCUCAUUAAUUUUCAUUCUGCAUUUUCACGAGUUCUUUACUGCAUGCUUUCUGAAUUGUUUAUUAUGAGAUUUUCACAAAAGCUGUUAUAUGACAAA